CCAGCAUUGAACCCUGACACUCUUGAGAAGUCUUGUCCAGAUAUCGUCUUCCUGAAUCGAUGGGCAGUCAAGGAUUUUGUCAUUCAGCGUGGCGAUGUAGUGUCAAUGAUAUCACCUCGGGAACCAGAUGAAAUAAUCAUUAAGAGAGUGAUAGCAGUUGAGGGAGAUACAAUAAGAACACUGAAGUACAAGAACAGGUAUGUGAAAGUACCCACAGGUCAUAUUUGGAUUGAAGGAGACCAUUCUGAAGUUAGCUUGGACAGCAACAUAUUUGGUCCAGUAUCUCUUGGGCUUCUACAUGCAAAAGCAUCGAGGAUUGUGUGGCCGCCUCAUCGCCAACAAAAACUGAAAUCUUUUGUGCCCUCCAAUAGGCAGCCAGUUAACAGUAAAACUCAAAACUUUGAACAUUUUAUUCUGGAUGAUGAUGAAGAACUAGCUUUAUCAACACUAUGAAGGUGUAAUAAUUGUUGACUGAUGUUUUAUUCACAAUUAAAUUGAGAAAACGUUGGUUUGCAAUUAAGCAUGAGAUAAAAAAAAAGUACUAUGAAGGCAAAAGAUAUAGACAAUGGUGGACCAUGGCCAUGAAGUAAUAACCUACAGUAGAACAAAAGCAGCAUGAAAGCAGAGCCUUAUAAAUGAAAUCAUGUUUGUGAGUGAUCAGUAUGUGGUAGGCCUCGAUGCAACAUGCCGUUCUGAAGAGGAAGAUAUUGGACGUCUGUGAUUUUACACAUUUGUCAGUGUAGAAAUGAAAUAAAGGGCUGGUUUCCUUAAAAUAAUUACACUGUCGCUACAUUGUUUUCAGUGUAAUCGUACGUCCGCAUACCAGUCCCCGAUCCAGUUGGGAAGGCACCCCAAUUCGACCGUCCAAUCAGCAUCACCGAUAGCUGUCGGCAAUAGCAUGUAGCAAUUGUAUGGAAACCAAGCAUAACAAAGUUGUAUAGAACCAAUGCAUGUAUAUUGGAUUCCAGUCCCUAAACUUUGUCUUAAUCAGUGAAAAAUAUUAAUAGAUAAUCUAUUUUGGCACCAAUGGCGUUCCAUAUGACUUCUAACUAUUGAGAAAAGGAAUGGCUGGAGAUUGUACUUUAGAGAAGUGUUUAAGCAUGCUUGACCUGAUGAUUUCAUUUUACAAAUCUAGGAAACAAAAGAAAGCACAAAUAUGUGAGCGAUUUGAAAAAGAAUAGAAACAGGAAGGAAACUAGAAAGGUAUAGAAAAAAAUAUAAGAAUUCUUUGACGCGUAAAGUGUGAGGAGUAAAAAAUGGCGUAGAAAUAAAGACGGUGACACUUCGUUAAAUUUAUAUUAAAAAUGAUUCGAUUCCUGAAA